CUAUGGCGACCAGAGAAGCUCCGAGGAUUCGAAGAGCAGAUUAAGGCGCGAAUAAGUAUUUUAAAACAUUCAUAUAAGUAAAAACAGAAAGUUCAGAAUUAAAUAGUAUAAAGAGACGUUUUAUUUCAUUGUAAGCUGUUUUAUAACAUCAACUAUGGAUAGGUAAACCUGCUGAAUUCUCGAUGUAAUGCACAGAGUGGAUUGAACACAGUUAUUAAUGGAGCACAUUAGAUCUGGUUCACCUCUCCUGCAUUUGGAUUUAAAUAAUUUCAGCUCUCCUGAAGCUGAAGACAGCAGAUAUGUUCUGACAAGUCCACGUUCACUUGAAUCCUGUGCUAGAUUGGGAGUGAAACCUGUUGAUCUGCUGUUCAGAUCCCUCACAGACUUCAUUGAUGAACACCAGGAGUCCUCUCUGGAGGAGGUGACUGUGUUAUAUGAAGAGUAUGAGAGAGGAAGAAGAGAACGACUGCGCUUGUGUAGAGAGGAGAGAGAGCGGAUCAUACAAGAGCCCGACUGGAAUAGAAAGUCAUCAGUAAAACCAUUCCUAGUCUUGGAAACCGUCCCUGAGCAGACAGCUGAGAGUCCAAGCACCGAUUCCAAAGCCAAGUGUCCGACGAAGACACGGUUCACAGAUGACCGAGUUCAUUCAAAGUCUGCGAUUUCCAUCUCAGACAGAUUUCCGAACACAUGCGGUCAGAGGUUCCCCUGCAGUAUCAGUCUGGCCGACCUCAGACGUUCUCCUGCGACGGAGCGUCGGGUGAAGAGCCUCUUGCAGGAGAUCAGUCGCAGACUAAACAUCGCCGUCCCAGAAAAAGACCGCAAGAUUGUUGCAUUGAUGCUGGCCAGGCACGAAGAGGAGCAGUUUCGCUUACGUCAGAGUAUGUUUGAGGAGCAACAUCAUGAGGAGGAGCAGAGGCGUGAGGAGGAGCGGCGAGCUCACAUGGAGCAACAGCGACGGAAAAGACUUCUGCGACACAUUCGCCGCUGGCAGGAGGACUUGGAGGAGCGGAGGAGGCGGCGAGAGGAAGAGGAGGCGAUGCUUGCGGAGCAGCGUGAGCGGGAGACGCUUUGGCAGGAGGAGCGCUGGAGGAGACACGCCGAGGAGCAACAAGCUCGACGAAGGUUCAAGCUUGAUGUGGCGAGCAGGGAUGCAAAAGAGCGCAAACGCUACCAGGAGAGGCUCCUGCAGGAGAAGGAGCGCAUGGAGGAGGCGCAGCGAGAGAAAGAGCUGCAGGCGGCGCAAGAAAAACAACACCACGCAAUGAGGAGCAAGCAAACGCAGGAAAAGACAGAAAGGAGGAGACUCGAGCAAGAGAACCAGAAGGAGCUACUCAAGCACCUCCUCCUAAAAAAGGAGGUUGAGGAGCAGGAGCGUGCAGAGAAGGAGCUCAAGCGGAAAGGAGUGGAGCAGAAGCUGCAUCGCUCCAUGGAGAACCAUGCCCUCCUUCUAGAGGCGCGAGUGCAGGAAAUGCGAUCACGUGCUGCGAAGGAGGAGGAGCAGAUGCGGAUGGCACAGCAGCAGGUGAGGAGGGAGAACAGGGUUCGGUUGGAGCAGAAGCAAACGUUAGUGCAACGUUGCCAGCUGCGGAUGGAGCGUGCAGUGCUGCAGGUGCAGGAGCAGAAGCAUCGCAGAGCUCAACUCCUCAGGCGAGAAAACCAGGAGAAGAAACUCAGCCAUCGCAGACUACGAGACCGAGUCCUGGAGGAGGAGAAAGUGCAACGGGAGGUGAGAUGCAAGGCCAUGACACAGAAGAACCAGCGCAGCGAGAAGCUGCAGAAAGAGAAGGCCGAGGCCCAGGAGAGGAGCCGGAAGGUGGCUCACGCCUCCUGCUACAUGCGGGAGAGAGUGAGGGAGCAGACGUCCCGUCGCACCUUUGACCAGAUGGCACGAGAAGCACAGCUGACCGCUCAACUGAGCCACCUGAAACUAUGAAGAGAGUAGAACUACAAAAUUAUAAUUAUAACAGUAUUAAUGGAACCAGUUUUAUGUAUUUUUCAUUCAAAUUAGUAUUUACGGUGCUGAUAAAUGUAUUCAUCUAGAUAAAGACGAUUAAUAAGCAGCACCAAAGGUCAAGUAUUUAUUGAAUAUGUACUAUUUAUUGACUUUUAUCUGAAAAAGGAGGAUUUAUUAACUAAUAUUAAUAUAAACUUUUGGAAUUUUUUACAGUAUUUAUCACUCAAUUUUGUAUGGAUUAUGUUUGAGAUAGAAACUUCUUCAUCAAAUUCUUCUUGGGCAUUCAAGGGAUAAAUUACUAAAAAAACAUCUUGAAAUAAAGCAUGACUGACUGAACUCAAAUUGCAUUUUUAAGAUAAAUAUAUUCUGAUAAUAACAAGUGAUGUAUCGAUCAUCUUAAGGUUGACAAGGUCAUUGUGCCAGUGUUAUUACUGAUAACAGUGUUUGUUCUGAAACUGUUGAAUAAAGUCGUUAUUUUGUUUUCAUUGCACACAAAACGUAUUCUAGUAGCUUCAUAAUAUGAGGGUUGGACCACUGAUGUCACAUGGACUAUUUGAAUGAUAUCCUUACUAGCAUGUCAGUACCAUUACUGUUUAUGCAAGGUCAGAAAGAUUUCACCAAAAAUAUCUGUAUUUG